AUGGCUUCUUCAGGUCGAGCUUUAAGGGAUCAGAAUGUGCAAAUUGAUCAGGUUUAUUGCUCGCCUUCGUUGCGAUGUGUGCAAACUGCUGUUGGAAUUAUCAAAGGUAUGGAAAGUCGUACGCUGAGCAUCAACAUUGAGCCAGGGCUUUAUGAAUGGACGCGCUGGUGUGGCAGCGAGCUACCAUCAUGGAUGGAGGCAGAGGAGUUUGCCAAACUAGGUUAUCCAGUCAAUGAUUGCUACAGUCCUGUGAUGCGUCCGGCUGAUCUAUGGCUAACGGAAACACUGAAUGAUUAUUAUGACCGAUCUUUUGCGCUUAUCCGUGAAAUACUCCGAAACCAUGACAAAGGGACUGUUCUUCUGGUUGCGCACGGGCCAUCAAUGGACGCGCUGACAAGGCAGAUCUGCGGCGGUGCUCCGCGAACAGUGGAAGAACUUAUGUCAAAACUUCGUCAGAUACCAUAUUUGGCAUGCUUACAAAUCCAGGAGCAGUGCAAAUCGGGCGAUACUGAUAGUCUGAAUAAUAAAAAUGGUGGUAGCAGCGAAGUGUGGAAAUAUGCUGGCUCGCCAAUACCCUCACUCACACAUUCUGCGAAUCCUUCAUUUGAUCCUGAGUUCGUGCUUCUCUUAAUUGCUAUGGAAAUUAUCUAA